ACAGUACUCAGGAAUUUGAUAUUAUAGAAAGAAAUGCAAACACCAAGCAUCCCGGACCCCCUCUUUGUUUCCACGCAUUUGGUUGAGACCGAAGGGCGUAACGCGUCCUUAACGGCACCGCCGACCCGUGCUCAGAAUUAUAGCUUACGUCGAAAUUGCUAUGUGUGUAGUUGUAGUUUUUAAUGAACUAAUGUGUCACCUUUUUAACGUAUACUGUCUAAAAAGCGCCCAUUUAAUAUGUUGGUUCACGCACGGUCACUUCUUUUCUGAGGACUACCUCGCAACACGGAGCAUUUUUUAACAAUGCUAUGUGAUUGGCGCUCAUCAGGACCUGAAGCCACAACAAAAAGCCCUUUGUUUAAUCACCAUGAGCAUACAAACUGAGUGUGGAUGGAGUGUGUGAAUUGUGUGGAGCUCCAUGAGCUCAGGCCCUCGAGACAUGGCAUCGAAAACACUUCCUUCUGUGAUGAGGAAGAGGAAGCCCAUAUAUGUGUUGUUAAUUCCAGAACAGAACAGAGUCGGCAUUUUCCCUCUCACAGUGGAGUUGGAAUUAAUCCUCAGAUUCUUCAAGGAGAUGUUCACUCAGACGAAGAACAAGGACCAGUGUAUGAAGAAUGUUCUGUGGAUUACAGCUUCAUGCUGGCUUUGGUAUUCCUUGUCAGUGGAAUUGCUUUAGUCAUCAUUGCCUACUCCAUACCAAGGGAGGCUCGAAUCAGUCCAGACCAGGUUACAGCACGCCAGAUGGAAAAGUUGGAGAUGUACUACGCACAGCUCGGUGCUCACCUUGAUAAGUGCAUCAUUGCUGGACUUGGCUUACUUACUCUGGGUGGGAUGCUCUUGUCCAUUCUGUUAAUGGUUUCUAUAUGCAAAGGUGAGCUUUAUCACCGCAGAAGUUUCACCAUCUUAAGGAGACCUAUGAAGUCGUAUGGCUCCAUAAACAUGACAAUGGGACAGUUAGCAUCUGGAAAUGGAAGAGAACCUAUCGUGGAGUGUGAUUCAAGCACAGACACUCAUGAUGCACUGAGUGCUGAAGGAAUACAACAUCUAAGACAAUCUCAGUAGCACAAGCUUACAGUGCCUGCCUCUCAAAUAGCCCAAAUGCCUCCUUACUUCCUAUAGACUGUAAGUACACUAUGAACAUAUACAUGAAGAGACACUUUAUGAUAUAAAAGGUACCAAAUAUUGGCUUCUGCAUUCUACAUAGUGAUGGGUUUAAGGUACUUUUGAAUCUUAGCUGGAACAAUAUAACAUUACCCUGGAAGAGAAUACAAGAACACUGAAUAAAUGAAACAGCUCAGGAGUUCCAGGAUAGUGAUGAAUGAAUAUUGGUAUGUAGAUGUCUUCAGGGCAGGAUUACUAUCAAAUAUGUGAAGUUUGGUGAAGAUUGAAUAUUGUCUGAGUUAGUGUAAAACAUGCCAGACCAUGUUGGCAGCAGGUGGCGUAUACCAGGAGAUUAGUUUUUCCCUUCUUCUAAGACACAAAAUUCAGCAUACGAAAGUCUUAAAGAUAAUUAGUAAAUAAUUUGAAAUAGGUUUGUUAAAUUUGAUACAAGACUAAACUCUGCAUUGCUGUGGUCCUAAAAGACAGCAGUCUGAUACUCCUUGCUUACAACAUUUCCUGAAACCAUUAUAUUCUAUGGAUUAUGUGUGAAUUAGGAUAGACAUGCUUAUUUAUUAUUUGUGGGGUUUAAAUUGUUGUAGUGAAGCCUUUUAAUAUAUACAGCAGUGCAUAUGAAUGUAACCAGUUGGCGCUUUUGCAUUAUAUAGUGUCUUAUACACAGAUUUUAUAUGUAGGAAAUACAUAAAUGACUUGAAAACAUAGUAUAUUCUAUAAAACUAUUAUCACAAAAGUCACAAUAUCCACACUUAUUAUACAAGCAGGGUUUUCCCUACCAUAGAAAGGCUAGCAAUGCCUGUGUUUUUGCCAAACGCCUUAAGCAGAAUGAAAGUAAAAUGGCAUUUAGGCAACAUAUCAGAAUGGAUGUUAAAACAACGUGAGGGUUCUAUGCAGUGGCAAAAUAAAUAUUUAAAAACAGAGAGGUGGCUUGAACUCAAACGGAAAGGUAAGCUGGCAAAAGGAAUGAGCAAUCGGUGUUUGGACAAACAUUUGUGUAAUUGGUGUGUGACAGAUGUUCAUCACCAAGCUAAUCAAACAGCUGAUUGGAUAUUUCUCGGUACUGUCACCUUGGGAUGGUAGUUACAAUUAUCGACUAAGCAAGUUGCAAACCAUCAAUAAGGUAAACUUCAUCAAAGGAUAAGUGAAGGAGUAAUUCUUGUGUAUGCGAUAGCAAUAUUGCACUAGUGAUAGCAGAAAGAGCAUAGCAAAAGAUAUAACUAAUGUUAUAAAUACAACUAAAACUGCUAACCUAGCUAACUUGCAUAGAUACUCAUGUACUGAAUUAAGUUAGCCUGCAAAGCUAGUUAGUUGAUGUUAGAUAAAAAUAGACUGAACUAACGUUGGUAUCUAAUGUGGCUUGAUAGCUUAGGGUGACCAUAUUCCAAAAAGAGGGGACACUUUUUUUUUUUUUCCCCCUUAGGGGCUACAAAAUUUAAUACACUGAAAGAGACACACUAUUAGCAUUGCAUUCACAUAAAUGUGUAUAUAUAAAUAAAACUGGUUUCACUCUACCCAUGUUUUAUAUUUUUUUCCGUACAUUCUUUUGAAUGUCCAUGGAAUAAAAUAAAAUAUUACAUGCCACGAUUGUACCUUCUGCCAUCAUUUACACAUUUGAAUGUACAUGUAAAACGAAGCAAUGUGAUAACAUGAAAUCAAAAAUGACCUUAUAUGGUCAUGGGCAUUGUUUCGACUCAGGACAGCUGUCAUUUGCUGCUAUAGUCAAGCCACUAUUUGAUUCUGUACACAGCAGCGCUUCCCCUUCACGCAUUCACGGAGAGUAGGCUAAUGGUUGAGUGGCAGGAAUUUAUCCAAUGGUUGUUGCAAGCCUUUUGUAAUCGACCAAUUGGUGUGCGAGAAGGCAGCAAUUACAGAGAGGAGUUAAAGCAAUGCAAAUCUGCACAAACAUGAUGCAGUAUUAGACCAUAAGCACAUAACAAAAACUAGAAACUAAAGCCAAAUCCUGUACAUUUACUCAAAUUUAGGAAUCCUGGCCAGACGCUUUUUUAAGGUCUGAAAAAGAGGAUGUAUGGUCACUCUGUGGUAGCUAAACAAAGUUAGAGAUGGUUUCAGUAGGGUGUUUUUCUUUGAGGUGAUGUGUCAGACGCAUUACUUCUGUGGUAACUAAAUUAGGCUUUGUAAACUGUGAAGAUUAUUUUUGUUAUCUGCAAUGAUCCGUCUGGGCAUCUUUUUAAAGUGAAACUUUCCACCUAAAAUUCCUUCCUUGUCCUUAUCUAUUCUUUAGCUAGGAUGGUUUGGUGGUGCACGUCGUCCCAAGUCAUGGGUCAAAUGACACAGGAAGUAUAAAAAAAUUUUUUUUUAAAAACCUGAGCUGCUUUAAUUGUGUAAAUUUUUUUUAAUGUGUUAAAUAUUUCUAAUUAAUUGCAAAAAUUAACAUGAAUUUUGAAAACACUAAAAAUUAUAUUAUGAUAACAAUCAGACUAUUGCAUUUACAAAUUAUUUGGCAGGCACUGAUAAA